AGAAGAUACUCACUGAGGGUGCUACUCCACAGACGCAGGGGACUGAGGACAAUAGGGUCUCAGGGACUCAGGGGCAGUGAGGACAGAGCCAUAAUGGGAGGGGCCCCAGCUUGGUUCCUACCCCAGCCCUGGCCCAUUGUGACCUCCCUGGCUGCACGUGGGCCUUUGUGACUGUCACUUGCGGUACACCUGUGAGCGAGCAUGACACCAAAGCACCCUCAGUAAGAGGGUGGCAGGUCAGCCAGGCCAGAGCCUGGACCUGGGGUCAGAAGAGGUUACAGGGAAGGAUGGAGGGGCCCAAAACUCUGGGGCCCUGUGGCCACUCUCACCCCCAGUGUCCCCCAGCCCCAGCCUCGAGCAGCCAUGGAGGAUGCCUCGAUCAGCCAUGCCCAGGAUUUGUAAGAUGGCCCUGCCUGGUCCCCCAGCCAUCUGUUCAUUCACUGGAGUCUUCAAGGAUUUUCCAAGCUCCAGGGCCAAAGGGUGGGGGGCCCAGAGCAGGAGGCAAGGCCUCUUUUCUAUCCAGUGAAGAAGAGGAGAUGCAGCAGCAGAGAGCAAGAGAGCCAGGGAGGCCAAGACCAGGAGAAAUGGAGGUGGGGAUGGGGUGGGGCUGGCACCUCCACUCAGGGUCGAAGCAAGGGCCACCCAGGCAGGGGACAUCCCCCAGCUCAGUGCCUAGACUCUGCCCCUGCCCCACCCUACCACCAGGAGGAGGGGCCUCAGUUUCACCCAGGGCAGCAUGCCCCCAGCUCCAGAGAGGGCAGCUGGGGUCUGCAAAACCAUCCUUUCUCCAGCUGGAUCAGAAGAAUCACAGCCUGAAAAGGCAGAAUCAGGACCUCCGGGAGCAACUGGGGGCAAUGCUGAGGCCAGGGCAGCAGUUUCUGCACCUAUGUCCUGAGCACUCCAGCUGUUCAGCCCUGGCCUGGUCCCCUGAGUCAGCCAGCACCCGGCCCCCAGAGGAAAGGGCUCCUGUACAGCUGCUGCGGCAUGAACUGUGCAGGGGAGAGGAGGCCUUCGUGCAGCAAUCUCAGAAUGAGCUGCAACAGAUCAGACUGUCCUUUGAGAAGAAGAAGAUGGCCAUCACAGAGGUGUGGGAUGGCGUGGCAGAGGUACACAUGGCCCUCAACAACCAGGCCACUGGGCUCCUGAACCUCAAGAAGGACAUUCGGGGUGUGCUAGACCAAAUGGAGGACAUUCAGCUGGAGAUUCUGGGGGAUCGGGCCCAGUGUCGCAGCCAGGCCAGGAAAGAGCAGCAGAUGGCGUGCAUGGCAAAAGGGAGGCCACAGCUGGGAUGUUCCAAGGGCUUCAAGGACCAGCUCUGGCUGCUGGCCCUGAGGCUGCUGCUGGGUACCCUGCUAGCCUGCACUGCUGCCUACGUGUACGUGGUGGACCCUGCGCCCUUUGAGGGGCUGGUGCCGCCCCUGCUGAGCCGAGCCACAGUCUGGAAGCUCCGGGCCCUGAUGGGCCCCUUCCUGCGUCUCGAGGUGGAUGACUUCCUGCCCUUCUAGGCUGGAGGCCCAGUAGCCCCAACGAGGAGGAGGUCAGGCUGCCGGCGCUGCCCCAGGUGUCCAGUAGCCACGCCGGCUCCUGCCCAUGGCACUGCCAAGCACCAUCCCUGCCAGAAGCUGUGAAGGGUGGAGGCGGGGUCUGUCCUGAGGGCUGGACCUGUGACUGGACAUAUAGUCAUGACACGUUUGGCAUGUGAGCUUGUUUCCAAGGAAACCAAUGUGGGGGCAAAUGUUUUGACACUUCCAAGGUACU